AUGUCGACUACGGUGGAAAAGAUCAAAGAGAUCGAGGCCGAAAUGGCCCGAACUCAAAAGAACAAAGCAACCUCGUUUCACUUGGGUCAGCUAAAGGCAAAGUUGGCCAAACUAAAGCGAGAGCUCCUAACCCCCUCAUCGAGUGGUGGUGGCGGCGGUGGUGCCGGUUUCGACGUCGCCAGAACUGGUGUUGCCAGUGUUGGGUUUAUUGGAUUUCCGUCCGUGGGAAAAAGUACUCUAAUGACCAGGUUGACUGGUCAACACUCCGAAGCUGCGGCGUAUGAAUUCACUACCCUGACAUCCGUACCUGGACAAGUCAUGUACAAUGGAGCUCCAUUACAGAUGAUCGAUCUCCCUGGUAUUAUUGAGGGAGCUAAGGAUGGCAGAGGUCGUGGUCGUCAGGUGAUUGCUGUCGCUAAGACUUGCCAUUUGAUAUUCAUUGUGCUAGACGUGAAUAAGCCCCUGACGGACAAGCGAGUUAUCGAGACGGAAUUAGAAGGAUUCGGUAUUCGUAUUAACAAGGAACCACCAAACAUCACCUUCAAGAAGAAGGACAAGGGUGGGCUUAACAUUACAAGUACCUUACCCUUAACCCACAUCGACCAUGACGAAAUCAGAGCGGUCAUGUCCGAGUACCGUAUCAACUCAGCAGAUAUUGCGAUUCGCUGUGAUGCUACGAUAGAUGAUUUGAUCGACAUCCUGGAAGCCAAGAGUCGUAGCUACAUACCUGUCAUUUACGUCCUCAACAAGAUUGACGCAAUCAGCAUCGAGGAGCUGGAUCUGCUGUAUCGAAUCCCCAACGCGGUACCCAUUAGUUCUGAACAUGGGUGGAACGUCGAUGAGUUAAUGGAGGCCAUGUGGGACAAGCUAAAAUUGGUCCGGGUUUACACGAAGCCAAAAGGAAAGAUGCCGGACUAUUCAGCGCCUGUUGUGCUUCGUUCCACUAGGUGCACAGUCGAAGACUUUUGCAACGCAAUCCAUCGGAGCAUAGUCGAGCAGUUUAAAACCGCAAUAGUCUAUGGAAAAUCUGUGAAGCACCAACCCCAACGCGUGGGGCUUGCUCACGAGCUGGGCGACGAAGAUAUAGUCACGAUCGUCAAGAGAUGA